AUGGCAGAUAAUAACCACAUCGGCGAAGCUGGUCUUCACCAUCUUCCUCUCCGAAUGAGAGACGCGCCACUUUCCAAAUUCCCUACUCUAAACCAACGCCAUGGCAAAAAAGUACCUGAGAGUUUACACUUCACCCCCGGAGCUUUUCGGCUUCGAUCACCCACGGAGUCGUCUAUGAGUAGCAUCUCUUCGGCGAAUGUGCCUGAUUCUGCGACGACGCAUUCGCUUUCUACGCUGGCGAGUCCGAUUAGUACGACGUAUGCGAGUUCGAUCCAGGAGCAGUUUGCUGCUGCGACGCUGGAUGGGUCGCGGCCUGCGAGUCGCAUCUGUCAUCGGCAUAAUCCGUCGAAUGGAACUUGUUCGACGUUUGUUAAUGAGGAUGAUGAUGCGAUUGUCACGGGAUAUCCCGAGUUUGAUAUCAAGAUUAGGAAUUUGAAUGAGCUGAAUCCCAGAUCGGUCGUUCAAGAGGUUAAGCCUGAGAGUACAGAAUCUUUCGUCAAAGAGGAGAGGGUUCUUACGCCCACGACAGAGUCACAUCACACAGAUGAUGUUUCUAAUGAUGAUGAAGAUGACUCUGAAGAUUUGUCACAAGAGGAUGCAAACUCAGUGCUCAAUUACGCACUUCAGGUCAUCUACGGCGUCGACCUCAACGACGUCUCAAUCCCUCAAGACAAGGUUCAAAGCCUCGUAUCCAAUUUCACCCAAGACAUAAGCCAACAUAUUUGGCAAUCUGCUUCAGAUGGGCAAUUAUCUCAUACAAUGUCAACAUCAAGCUCUUCUUCUACACCCUCGCAAGACGCUAAUGGCGAUCGUCGAGGCGGAAAGAGGAAGAAGCAGGGGAGACGUGACGACGAAGGCGAUGAGUUUAGCGAUGGUGAAGGCUCAGGAUACUUGCCUACAAAGCGUUCACGACCGAAUCCCAAGGAAGAUGAAAAUCUUCGAUUGAGUUGCCCAUUCCGAAAGAGGAAUCCUCAUAGGUUCAACGUGAGGGAUCAUCAUAGCUGCGCAAUGACUUAUUUCCCCAAAUUCGCAGAGCUCAGGCAACACAUUGUUAAGCAGCAUAAGCGCGAUGAUCCCUCCGCUUUUGUCUGCGAUCGCUGUAGUCGCGACUUUCCCACGCGAAAGGAAUUACGUGAUCAUCAACGUUUGCCAAAGGAGUAUAUGUGCGACAUCGCUGAUGCUGAUGCCGAGAGCGGUAUUGAUCCCCAGACAGCGACGAAGCUGUUAAGUAGAAAGAGAGCGAGCGGUACUUCUCCUGAGGUUCAGUGGAAGGAAAUCUGGAACAUCGUAUUCCCUGAUGAUGAUGAUAGUGAUGUUCGACCAUAUGAAUACACUCCUGUGAUCGAGCACUUUGAAGUCGAAUCCAAGUACCGAGAAGCGUUCGACCAGCUCAAAUACUCCCUUCUCGACAAAAUUUCCAACCCAGCAACCCUUGAAACCCUCUCUACAAAAUUCUACCAAUGCUUCGUCGAAACACUCGACCAAUGCAUCGCCAACGCUCAAAGCAUGCCCUACACAAACCGCAGCAAUAAAAAGAACGACAUAAUCCGCUCCCAAGCAACACAAAGCGUCCGCAAACCCCGCGGUAUAAUGCCUAGACCUGAUUCCGGCGUUGUGAUGGACGAUGGAUCCGAAGAGAGCGGUAGUGUGAUGCUCGGUCAUAGAGAUAGUGUGCGAACUGUCAGAACUGCCUUACGGGGAAGUCAAGUUCCUGAGACGGUGAGGGAAGUUGUUCCUACUACUGGGUUUGACGAGUUGAUGCAGCCGAUGCUGGGGAUGGAUGGGGCGGAUGUGCAGGCUUGGAAUAAUGGGGUUAUGUAUCCGCAGAUGAUGCCUGAGCAACUCAUUCCUACGGGGGGAAUGACGCCGCAGACGGAGUUUGUUAAUUGGGGGCAGAUAUAUCCUGGUUUUGAUACGUUGGGUGCAGAUCUCGUUGCAAAGUUCGACAAUGAUCCAACAAACACUACUCUCGCUGAGGAAGUACAUCGUCGUACAAUCGACCCCUCCCUCAGCGGUGAAUUAUUCCAAGAAAUAAAAAAUCUUAAAGAUUCCAUUGAAGGUGUUCCCAAGUCUGGCAGAGAAAUCUUCAGACCUCGCCCUCCCCCCAAGAACUCAUGGGCCAAUUGCAUCGGCCAGCAAAAAUGCACUCCCAAAUCCUUACGCUAUCCAAGGAGUCUAUCAGACCUUAUUCAAGCUGUCAAGGAUGGCAGGGAACAGAAAUUGAAUGUCAGGGCUGUUGGUUCGGGACAUUCGUUCUCGAAUAUUUGUCCUACUGAUGGGAUUCUUCUUGAUCCUCAUGGCAUGAAUAAGUUUCUGAAGUUGAACUCUGAGACUUUGAAGGACCCUUCCAAAGCUUCUGACCACGUUCUUGUUGAGAGUGGAAUCACGAUUAAGGAUUUGAACUCGCAGCUUGAUAACAUGGGUAAAGCUCUUGCGACUAUGGGUGCGUAUGAUGGACAGACUCUUGUCGGAGCUAUAUCAACUGGCACUCAUGGAAGCGGUAAAGAUUCUGGAAACCUUGCCAGUCUUGUCCGCGCGAUUAUCUUGGUUUCAGAAACUGGAACUGUUUAUCAGAUCGAACCAAAGGCUGGAAUCACUGAUCCUGCCAAGUUCGUCCCGGGCGAUGCUCAGGAACUCAAGCAGGAUGAUGAUUGGUUUCAAGCCGCGCUCAUCGCUAUGGGCUGCCUGGGUCUCGUCUACUCUUACAUCAUCGAAGUGGUACCCACGUUCUUCCUAAGUGAGGUCCGCUCGUUGACAAAUUGGCAAGACUACAAGUCCCAGCUUGCAGGGGGUCUUGCUUCCAAGCCUCUUCAAGAUCACUACUUCGAAAUCGACCUGAAUCCUUACGAAACACUGGGUCGUAACAUCGCAGUUACCACCAUCCGUAAAAUCUCGGACGCUACAGAGCCCGAAGGCAGUCGCGGAUUCCCCAACUGGCUCGCUGGCCUUCUCGCCCAACACCACUGGGUCGAAGACAUUCUCGUCUGGAUCCUCAAUCGCUGGCCCCUCCACAGUCCCGGUAUCAUAACCACCGCCAUGAAAAGCCUCCCCGUAAAGCACUACAUCGACAAGAGUUUCAAAGUCCUCAACAUCGGCGCCGUCGACGACGUAAAAGCCUACGCCAUGGAACUAUCCUUCGACGCCAACCAAAACAUAGUCUCCAUCGUCGACCGCAUCCUUGCACUAUUCCAAAAAGCAGCUAGCGAGAAAAGAUGGUUCCUGGCUGGUCCGUUUGCUCUGCGGUUUGUGAAAGAGUCUACUGCGUUUUUGGCGCCGCAGCAGGGGAGGACGACGAUGAUGGUGGAGAUGGAUAUGUUGUUUGGGGUUACGACGGGGGAGGAGUUGUUGAAGUUUAUGAGGGAGGAGUUGUGUAAAGGAGAGGAGGGGAAGAGUGUUAGGGUUCAUUGGGGGUUGGACUUGGAUACUGUUAGAAAGGGGGAUUUGGAGAAGAUGUAUCCUGAGUCGGAGAGGUGGUUGGCUGUCUAUAAGGACUUGAACUCGACGGGGAUUUGGAAUAGCCCUUUCACGGAGCGUCUUGGUAUUUCUAUGCCUAUGUAA